CAACAACAUUGGCCUACAGUAUUCCUAAGCUCUUUUCAAACGUCGAGAGACACUUCUCUUGAGGAGUAUGAGAUAAGAAAUGAUGUGGUUUAUUCAACACAUCAUCAUCAUCUCACGUGCAAGGCCAUUUGAAUAGGAAAACACAUCAACACAUCACUAUUUAAAUAGGAAAAUCGGGAUACUAAGAUUCUGCUCAGGAGUUUAGAUAGCUCGUUGAAAUAUCAAAAUUCAGCUGUAGAGCUCUGGCAUCAACUCCUGAAGUUAGGUUUAUCAGCUCUGGUAUUCAUUGUUCAGGAGCCGACUGUGGAAAGAGAGGUCAAUGAAGAACAACUUAUAUUUUACAGCACUGAGGAAGUCGCAAUUAAAACAGCUUUCACAAUGAUGUCCAGGCUACGUCCUCUAUAUUUAAUAUCAGCAAACACCGGUUGCAAGAUUGAUCUGAGUGAGAUUGCUUCAUUGAUACCGGCUGACAUUGAGGUUUAUAUAGUAUCUCUAUGUGAUGGCACUAUUUACGAAGCUUAUCAUUUCGAUCCAGACAAUCCUAUAGUGAGAGGAAUUGCUUUCAAAGAUGAAGCAAUGGGAAUUUGGAUUAUGAAAACUAAUCAGUCAAUUUGGAUGAGGAGAAAAAAUAUGGAUGGGUUGAAAAUAUAUGGGAAGGGGUUUCGGCCUCUCAUUUUUGAUCAGAAUGAUCCUAAGUAUCAUGCCAUGAUGAUAAGUGAUCGUUAUGCUGUGGAUGUCUGGAAUGAUUUGACAGAAUUUCUUAAUUUCACCUUGGUUAUUAUUGAGGGAAGUAUUGAGAAUGAUACAAAGAAUUCAACUCCCUGGGAUGGAAUGAUUGGUUUGCUCGGAAGUCAAGAAAUUGAUGUUCCAACAAAUCUUGUGACCGUAACAGAGAGAGCUGCCGAGGGCUAUGCAAUGAAGGCAACUGUAUUCACUGCUAGCUUUCGACUAAUGUUCCAUUCUCCAUUGAGCCAUAAGCACAUGCUGAUGCCAAAUGUGCUCCAUCCGUUUGAUGAGAAGCUUUGGCUGGCUCUUGUUUUCAUGGUUUUCUUAAUUCUGCCUUCCAUACUUGCUCUUCUGCUUCGUAAGGAAACUGAAUUCGGAAAUGCGGCAAUACUUCCGCUACGCUGCUUAGCAUCACAAGGUUUAGGUUUCUCGCCUAUGAAUACAUCAGCGAGAUUCGGUUGUCUUGUAACACUCUUCUUCUGCUACUUGAUGGUCAUGUACUAUCAAAGUCUUCUGAUAACAUUUCUAACAUCUAGCCAUCAAUACCAGCCAUUCUCCACUCUCGAAGAAUUCUAUUCAAAGAGCUACGGAUUCGAUCUAAUUUACCACAAGGAUAUGUCAUGGGCACUUUUGGGCGAUUGGCAGAGAAGUACUUCGGAGACGAGUGACCCGAUCAGUAAGCUAGCGUUGGGUGUUGACCCGCCGAAACGCAACCGAGUGUUGCCGAUGAGUAGCCGAGCGGAGGCGGGCAAGCGGCUGUGCAGAUUCGCCAGCAACACCACUAUUUUCGAUGUGCCAUUCCGUCAAGCUCCACUCAUCAGAUGCCCCUACUCCACUACCAAGCACAAGUAUCUGUUGAUGCACUUCGGCAUAGGAGCAAGGCACAAUCUGUCAGCGUAUCCAUACAUCACAAGAAUGAUAAGAGACAUGGAGGAGUAUGGUAUAAUUGAUCGCAUGAAACAAUCUUUCCGUCUCACUCAGUACAAAUCUACAUUCAAAUCACUCUCUCAUGAUGAAUUGGGAACAGUUCUAGUGAGCUAUCACUUCGCCAUGUUGUUUUGUAUAUUUCUUUUGGUGAUGGAACUUCUCUGGUUCCAUGGUUGCAAAUUUUACAUGUUGAAGUUCUCAGGAAAAAAUAAAAAGGUCAGACGAAGAUACCACAACAAGAGAAUGAAUGACCUGCAGAAAGUACUAGACCUUCACAAUGAAUUUAAAAAAUCCAAAUGAAUUAUUUUUCUAUUGAUCAUUAAGUAGGUUGAUAUGACAUGUUUUGAAUAUAUUUAAAUUGAAAUCUUUCCAUAUUGAGUUGGAAAAUAGGAUCGACGAAUAGGAUUGUAGAAGUAUGUAGGCCAACGUAAUACAAUAGAGAAGAGAUAGCACUUAUAAUAUCUCUCUAUGGUGAUACUUAAUAGAAAUGGAUAAUCAGCAGUGAAAAAACAGUGAUUCAGUUGAAAAGCCGUGUGGAAGGUUGACAUUGAAAAUGUAGAUUAUAUUGAUGAUUUAAUCAGAAUAUUAGGGCAAAUUGAAAUGUAGAGCUAUGAGUAAACGAGUGGCGUUGAUCAGAAUCCAAAUAUUCAUGAGUACCUACAUUACACGCAACAGAGCAAAUUAUCAUAUAAUGUCUCACAAUAAUUGGUUAUUUGAACAAAACCCCGAUUAUAUUGGAAGUAAAACUUUAUAAAAUGCUACCAAAACUAUCUUGAAAAAAUAUUUAGUUGAUAGAGAUUUUAUAGUGUACAAGAGUUCCUUCCAAAUCAAGGCUAGGUUUGAUUUACUUAGUGAUGAUUAUGUAAGAUUAUUGACCUGUCUUGUCUUAUACUCCAUGACUGGAGUCCUUAGGACGUAAUCUUGAAAAACAAAUAUGGAUUCACCCAAGUCAAAUUAUAUUUUUUCAAUAUCAGAUUACAUCUCUUAUAUUUAACAUGAGAAAUGACUUUCCAUUGUUGAUGAAGAGACAAUUAAACAAUCUUAGGAAGAAAGGAAUAAAUAUUGUAUAGCUUUACAGACAUGAAUUUAUUCAAAAUCAACUAUAAUUGUACAAUAUCACUUUUAAACCUACAUUGACGUUCAUUUUAAUUCUAGGUAGAGGUUACUCCAUUUCAAGGCACUCUUACUGUACACUAGGCACUCUAAAUAAUAUAUCACUUAGUUUGAGAUCGAUCUUUAAAAAUGCAUUGGUGGAAGAGUUAAUUCUAUUCAGUCUUACAUUUUCCAUAAAGAUUAUCAAUUUACAUCGAUCUUGAAGUAUAAGUUAAGAAUAAUAAUAUUUGUUCAUAAUAAUUUAUAAAGUUCUGUUAUCAUUGAUAUUCUUAAUAUUAGACUGAGUUUUCGAAGAAAUUCUUUCAUCUCCUGUGUUCAUACAUUAAUGAUCAAUUUACAGUUUUAAUAACCAACUCUCAAUAUUUGUACAUAGUGCAGUCUGCAUGAUUCAGGAAUUAAAAAUUUCUGUGAUUUGAACAGUCGUUCAAAAGAAAAGUAAUAUAAUUAAUUAGCUGAGUAGCUUUUUUGUAUAGCUUUAAUCCACGAAAAUAUGUAUAUUAAUUGAGCUAAGAAUCAUACUCUGUGUUGUCAAUAAUGAUAUAGUCAAGUAUUGUAAUGAUCGUUCAAAAAUUGUUUUUCAUGGACAGUUAUAUCUUAUA